GAGCUGGCGCGCCGGCGCGAGGUGCUGCGCCUGCGGCGCCUCUUCGAGCAGCGGGCCGCCGCGCUGCUCGCGGGCCCCGCGGAGGGCGCGGCGGCCCCGCGGGAAGCCUUCAACCGGUGGCUGCUGGCGCGCGCCAACAGCCCCGCGGCGCGCGGCCCGGGCGCGGAGCCGCUGCUGGGCGGCUGGGACCCCGAGGCGGGAGCGCUGCUGCAGCGGGAGCUGCUGGCCGCGCUCGAGGCGUCGCGGCCCGCGGGCCUCGGGGACAGCGCGUUGCCCGCCGCCGCAGCGGCGUGCGCGGAGCUGGAGCGGGAGGCCGGCCGGGCGGCGUCGGGC